ACGAGUUGAAACGAUAGAAUAUUGGAUUGCCAGAGAGAAUGUGAAAGAGAAGAGGUGAAGAGCAGAGGAACUUCCUCUUCCGGCUCAUCCACGGGAGUAAUUUGGUGUCGCCGGAGCCUCUUGUGCUGUUUGGAGGGUCGAAGCGGCUCCUGGGAGAUAAAGAGGAUGCCAAGAAGAGCACUUUGGACAACAAAGAAUGAGAAGCAGUAUUAAAAUGUAAAAUAAACCAUCAAUCAAAAUAUUUCCCAUUUCCUCUGCAAAUGGUAAAAACAAACCUUCUUCCUCAGCAGAUGAGAGGCAAGUGAGAGAAUAAAACCAAUAAUUUUUUCACCUGAAAGAAAUAUAGUACCCGGAACUCAAGAAAACAUUACAUGAAAACUCAAAGGAGAUAAUUUCCAUAUAAAGAAAAAGAAGUAAAUACCUGGAAGUAAGUGGAAAGAAAAAGGUCCCUUGGAUAGCCAAAAUGGGCAGGCAUUAAAAUGGGCAGGCCUUUGAGAAAGAAAAUAAUGGCUUGAAUCAAGCAACUUCCAAAUAAGAGAUCACAAAUAUUUUUUGCCUCCUCAAGAAUUCAAAAAUAUCAGUUUUGGGGGGAAAACCCCCCCACAGACUUCCCAUUGUGGAAAAAACACAGCUGAUCACAGCUGAUCCACCCAGUGAAAAAUGAUACAAGUAUUUAGCAUGUGGCAAAAGCCUUUUCUCAGAAAAGCUUCCUCAUGAUUCAUUGAAUGACCCAUACCAGAGGAAAAAAAUCUACCAGUGUUGCCAAUAUGACAAAAGAUUAAGUAUGAACACCAAUGUAGUGAGAUACACAAGGGCUCAGGCUGGGGAGACAAACAUUGAAUGCCCUGUUUGUGGGAAAAAAUUCACACAGAAUUCUGAUCUGGUGUUACACCAGAGGACUCACAUGCAAGAGAAGCCAUAUAAGUGUACUGACUGUGGAAAACGUUUCAUUUGGAUUUGUCACCUGAAGAUACACCAGAUGACUCACAAACGAGAAAAUCUAUAUGAGUGUCAAGUUUGUGGGAAAGGUUUUAAUUGGAAUUCUCUCCUGGUGGAACAUCAGAAGACUCACACAACAGAGAGACCAUAUGAGUGUCCUGAUUGUGGGAAAGAUUUCUCUCGGAAAUUUAACCUGGUGAAGCAUCAGAGGACUCACACAGGAGAGCGACCAUAUGAGUGUCCAGAUUGUGGGAAAAAUUUCUCUCAGAAAUUUAACCUGGUGAAACAUCAGAGGACUCACACAGGAGAGAAACCAUAUGAGUGUCCUGAUUGUGGGAAAGAUUUCUCUCAGAAAUUUAACCUGGUGAAUCAUCAGAGGACUCACACAGAAGAGAAACCAUAUAACUGUCCUGAUUGUGAGAAAAGUUUCAGUCACAAUUCCUACCUGGUAAAACAUCAAAUGACUCACACAGGAGAGAAACCAUAUAUCUGUCCUGAUUGUGGGAAAAGUUUCAAUCGGAAUUCCUACCUGGUGAAACACAUGAAAACUCAUACGGCAGAGAAACAGUAUGAGUGUCCAGAAUGUGGGAAAAGUUUCAAUCAGAAUUCCUUCCUGGUGCAACACCAAAAUAUUCACACAGGAGAAAAACCAUAUAAGUGCCUGGAUUGUGGGAAAAGAUUCAGUUGGAAUUUCCACCUGGUGAUACACCAGAAGACUCACACAGGAGAGAAACUGUACAAAUGUCCAGAAUGUCAGGAAAGUUUCACUAUUAAGUCUGAACUGGUGAAACACCAGAAGACUCAUAGAGGAGAGAGACUGUUUGAGUGUCCUGAUUGUGGGAAAAGCUUCCCUCGGAAUUCCAAGCUGUUGAGACAUCAGAGAACUCACACGGGAGAGAAACCAUAUGAGUGUCUGCAUUGUGGGAAAAGUUUCAGUCAGAAAUCUAACCUAGUGGUACACCAGGAGACUCACACAGGAGAAAAACCAUAUCAGUGUCCAGAUUGUGGAAAACGUUUCAAUCAGAAUUCCUACUUGGUGAAACACCAGAGGAUUCACAGCGGAGAAAAACCGUAUAAGUGUCUUGAAUGUGGGAAGAGUUUCAGUCGGAAUUCCCAUUUGGUGAUACACUUGAGGAGUCACACAGGAGAGAAGCCAUAUGAAUGUCCAGAUUGUGGGAAAGAUUUCCGUUAUAUGUCUACCCUUAUAAAUCAUGUAAGAUUGCACAUAGGGGACAUGGAACGGCCGAUGCCAGAGGAGCAGCUCUACCAGUGUUCCCAAUGUGGCAAAAAAAUUAGCAUGCUAACCAAUCUGGUAAGACACGAGAGGACUCACACUGCAGAGAAAAUCUUUGAAUGUCCUGAUUGUGGGAAAACGUUUAGUCAGAAUUCCAUCCUGCUGAUACAUAAGUGGGUUCACACAGGAGAGAAACCAUAUGAAUGCCAAGAUUGUGGGAAAAGUUUCAGUUGGAAUUCUCUCCUGGUAGAACAUCACAGAAUUCACACAGGAGAGAAACCAUAUGAGUGUCCUGAUUGUGGAAAAGAUUUCUCUCGGAAAUCCGACCUGGUGAAACACCAGAGGACUCACACAGGAGAGAAACCGUAUGAAUGUUCAGAUUGUGGAAAAGGUUUCAAGGGGAAUUCUGACCUAGUGAUACACCAAAGGAUUCACACAGGUGAAAAACCAUAUGAGUGUCUACAAUGUGGGAAAAGAUUCAUUCAAAAUUUCCACCUUGUGCGACAUCAGAGGACUCAUACAGGAGAGAAACCAUAUAAGUGUCCUGAUUGUGGGAAAAGUUUCACUCAGAAUUCUGACCUGGUGAUACACCAGAGGACUCACACACAAGAGAAACCGUAUGAGUGUUCAGAUUGUGGGAAAUGUUUCAGUUGUAAUUCUGACCUGAUGAAACAUCAGAGAACUCACACAGCAGAUAAAUUAUAUAAAUGUCAUUGUGGAAAAAGUUUCAGUCUGAAUUCCUACCUGAUAAAACACCAGAGAACUCACACAGAAGAGAAACCAUAUAAAUGUCAUGAUUGUGGAAAAAGUUUCAGGCAGAAUUCCUACCUGGUGAAACACCACAGGAUUCAUACGGAAAAGAAAACAUAUGAGUGUCCGGAAUGUGGAGAAAGUUUCAGUUGCAAGGCUCAACUAGUGAAGCACCAGAAGACUCACAGAGGAGUGAGACUGUAUGAGUGUCCAGAUUGUGAGAAGAGUUUCACUCAAAAUUCCAAGUUGUUGAGACAUCACAGGACUCACACAGGAGAGAAACCGUAUAACUGCUCAGAUUGUGGGAAAAGUUUCAGUCAGAAUUCCAACCUGGUGAUACACCAGAAAACUCACACAGGAGAAAAACCAUAUCAGUGUCCAGAUUGUGGGAAAGGUUUCACUCAGAAUUCCUACCUGGUGAUACACCGAAAAACUCACACUGGAGAAAAACCAUAUCAGUGUCCAGAUUGUGGGAAAAAAUUCUGUCAUAAUUCCUACUUAGUGAAACACCAGAGGACUCACACUGGAGAGAAACCAUAUGAGUGUCUUGAAUGUGGGAAAAGUUUUGCUUGGAAUUCCCAUUUGGUGAUACACCAGAGGACUCACACAGGAGAGAAGCCAUACGAAUGUCCGGAUUGUGGGAAAGAUUUCAGUAGUAGAUCUAACCUUAUAAAUCAUGUAAGGUCACAUAUAGGGGAGUAACCAUUCAAAUAGGUAGAUUGCAAACAGUGUUUCACACAAAGUUCCUCCCUUAUCACACAAGAAAUUCCAUAUGAUACAACAUUUGAUAUGUGUAGAAGAAUCUUGAAAUUUUUUGGUUGUCAUUGGAAACCCAGCUGAACAAUUAAACAAUUACUUGCAUGAUUCUCUUUAGGAAAUGUCUUAGUAUCAAACGUGAGGGUGUAAUAGAAUAGAAUAACAAAGUUGGAAGAGACUUUGUCAUCUAGUCCAAUCACUGCAGGAUUAGUGGCAUAUGUAAAUGCUGUUAUUAGGUUAAUAAAUAUAAGCAAACAUCUGUUCCAAAUCAAGUUUCUGAUGAGCAGGCAUCUCUUCUUAUCCCAGUACUUAGGGAAACAGCUAGAUCUUCCUUGCUUUAUGGAAGACUUGGAGGAGAAAGGCCUCCAAACCUCAGGGGAAAAUUUUUUCAUUGGGCAGAAUCUGCAACGGAAAAGACUCACUUCCUAUCUCCUAAAAGAUGGCAUGGGGGAUGACAGUCGUGCUCUGCCCAGGGCGGAAACAGCAGCUAGAAAGUGGAUUGAGGUCAGGUCAGUGAAGAAAUCAGGAGCAAGUAGAGCUGCCUGAUUUCCUACAUGGUGUAAAAGCAGAGAAGGAACUAGGCUGCUAUAUAUUUCUUCCCACUCCAGAUUUUAUUUCAUCUGUGCUGACUUAAAAACUGGUACCCACAAUUUUCUACUGUUUGUAAAAAGUCUCCUUCACCCUAUGAUUGAUUUCUUGGGAUUUUAUAGACAUGUUGUUUUCUUGGCAACAAUAAGGGAUGGAUCUGUCACUGGUCUCUGUUGGGAUUUUAUUUUUUUUUAAUUUCCAUGUUUAGCUAACAAGCAUGGUGUUAUUUUUACUUUGAAUAAAGGCAGGAUAUAAAUA